AUGUCGCUGUACCCUUCUUUGGAAGAUUUAAAAUUGGACGAAUUCAUUAAGACACAAAAUCAAAUUGUCCAACAAAAUGAGAAUCCGCCUCCGUUUAUGGCUAUUUGUCCACCGCAUCCGUCGGGCAUGGAUCAAGAAUCACUAGGUGCCAUGUACCCAAUACUCAAUGAUUAUUUGGGAUUGGAGCUCAGUAUUCUAGCACAGAAUAACGGCAUAGAUACUCCUUCCAAGAAAAUUGAAUCGAAAAAUAAUGUCGUAGCGAUUCCUUUCCACGACAUUCCAGCACAAGUGACAAAUGGUGUUCGUAAGUUGGUGUUAUGUAAAGAUGGAAAAGGACAAAUUGGAUUGAAAAUGUCUUCAUUCAACAAUGGCAUAUUUGUUAGCGUUGUUAUUCAAGACAGUCCUGCUGCUAAGGCAGGUUUAAGAUUCGGUGAUCAAAUAUUACAAAUUAAUGAAGUUUUUGUCGCGGGAAUGAGUGUUGAUAAAGUGAACAAAAUCUUCAGAGAAUGUUCAGUAAAUAACAUAAGUGUUAUUGUAAGAGACAGGCCUUUGGAACGUACAAUAAAUCUGUACAAAGACCGUGCUGGUCAAGUUGGAUUUCAGUUCAAAAAUGGUAAGAUUAACAAUAUUGUUAAAGACUCAUCAGCUGCUCGUAAUGGAGUGCUCACGGAUCAUCAGUUAUUGGAAGUCAAUGGACAAAAUAUUAUUGGAAUGAAGGACAAACAAAUAGUUGACAUUAUUGCUAAAGCCUCGGAUUCAAUUAAUAUUACAAUCAUUCCAGUGUCAAUUUAUGAACACAUGAUCAAAAAGAUUGCGCCAUCAUUGAUCAAAAACAUAAUGGAUCAUUCUACAAUUUAA